UGCUCUUUUAUGGUCCUGAUGCUGCAGGUGUAUUUAAGGCGAGUGAGCAUCAGUCAUUCAGUGUGUCGAGAUGUCUGACUCUCUGUUGCCCACGUGCGUCCUCUGUCUGCUCGCGCUGUCAUCCGCCUGCUACAUCCAGAACUGUCCGCGCGGUGGGAAGAGAUCUCAGCCAGACACCAGCAGACAGUGUGUGUCAUGUGGUCCUGGGAAUGCGGGCCGUUGUUUUGGUCCCAGUAUCUGCUGUGGAGCAGCUCUGGGUUGUCUCAUGGGUUCUCCAGAGACGAUGAGCUGCAUGGAGGAGAAUCAUCUGCCAAGCCCUUGUGAGACCGGAGGGAGACCAUGUGGAGCUGAAGGACGCUGCGCUGCUCCAGGAGUCUGUUGUGACUCAGUGAGUUGUGUUAUGGACUCGGAGUGUUUGGAAGACGUCAUGCUUGAUCAGUCUAAAGAUCGCAGUAGACUCAAGAGUGUUUCAGGAGAAAUACUGCUGCGUUUGUUAAAUCUGGCCUCAAGAGGUCAAAGAGAGUUCUGAUGAUCAUCUUGCACAACACAUCAGUGUCUCCAGUGUGUAAAUAUGUAGUAAAUGGACAAAAGUGAAUCUGGUUUGUUUUUGCAGAUCAUUUACAGUUGAUUGUUAUUUUAAGACAGUUUCCAUUUGCUUCUGUUGUCACAAAAGUUGUUCGACUUGUUGCUGCUUUUGUAUUAUUACAAUGCAAAGAUUUACAAGAGCAACUGCCCAUAAGACAGUUAAUACUGAGUCAAUAUCAGUCUGUGGCUCGCUCAGAGAACGGAUCCUGCCUGUCAGGUUUGAAAAACUACUCUUGAAUGGCUUAAAGGUGCACCUAGUAAUUGUUUCCCCAUUAAAAAAUGAUUUACUCUUAAAGAAAUUAAUUGUAAUUCUCACUCGCAUGAGAUGAGGACUCUAGUCAUGUCAGUGACCUUAUAAAAGCUGUUGUAUUCUACAUGGGGCAGGGGCGCACUCAUGGGGGCUGCCAUGUUAGAAUCACAUGACCAGCUGAAUACUACUCACUUAAUCUCAGUAACCGUCUUGUUAUUGGACACUUUCACUCUUGGAUUAAAUGAAUCAUGGCUGAUUGUGAAUAGUGAAUUUCUACAAUGUCAUCUGUAACUGAACACUAUUGAUUUUCAAUGAUGCUGCAUCCACACCACUAGGUGUCACUGUAAGUCCAAAAAGAUACUGAUUGCACCUUUAACUGUAAAUCUACACUGUUAAAUCUACAAAUUAUUGUUACUUUAAGGAGUUUUGUCUACCC